UCUCUCUCUCUCUCUCUGAAAAAGGAAAAAAAAUUGGUUACUUCGUACAACUUCUUCGUAAUUCAAAAUCGAACACCCCCGCCGGCGAAUAUGCAGACAGUCUCACCAUCUCCCAACUCAUCUUUCAAAUCUCUCUUCUCAGACCCUCACAAGCCCUUGAGCAGAUCACCGAAACCCUUCAAUCCCAACAAUUGGAUCCCAAAUCGUCUCAUCGUCCAAUGCGUCUCCCGACCUGACUCCUCCACCAACCUGGCGGGCAGCUCAGGUUCAGGCUCAAAUCGCCGCUCUGAUUGGCAGAGCUCCUGCUCUAUCCUCGCUAGCAAAGUCGUCUCUCAGCAGGGAAACACCGAGACCACCGGAAAUACCAGUAUCACUGCCGUUAAUGGCCACAAUACUCUAGAUCUGAUCCCUCUCGGCAAUCUUCCCAAACCCUUAACCAUCGCAGAUCUCUCCCCUGCUCCUAUGCACGGUUCCCAGCUCCGCGUAGCUUACCAAGGCGUCCCCGGUGCCUACAGUGAAGCCGCCGCCGGCAAAGCUUACCCGAACUGUGAAGCCAUCCCUUGCGACCAAUUCGAAGUAGCUUUCCAAGCAGUCGAACUCUGGAUUGCAGAUAGAGCUGUUCUCCCAAUAGAAAACUCUCUCGGUGGUAGCAUCCACCGGAACUACGAUCUCCUCCUCCGUCACCGCCUCCACAUCGUCGGAGAAGUUCAACUUCCAGUUCAUCACUGCCUCUUAGCGAUGCCUGGAGUCAGAAAAGAGUACCUGACACGUGUCAUCAGCCACCCACAAGCUUUAGCACAGUGUGAGCUCACCCUCACCAAAAUGGGCUUAAACGUCGCUCGUGAAGCUGUCGAUGACACCGCAGGUGCGGCAGAAUACGUUGCGGCUAACGACUUGAGAGACACCGCAGCGAUCGCUAGCGCCCGUGCGGCGGAGCUGUACGGUUUGCAGAUUCUAGCUGAUGGGAUUCAAGAUGACUCGGGGAAUGUGACCCGGUUCGUUAUGUUGGCUCGUGAACCAAUUAUUCCCCGGACGGACCGGCCAUUUAAGACCAAUAUCGUGUUCGCUCAUGAUAAGGGGACUUCGGUUUUGUUUAAGGUGUUGUCGGCGUUUGCUUUCAGGAAUAUAAGUUUGACGAAGAUCGAGAGUAGGCCGCAUAGGAACCGUCCGAUUAGGUUGGUGGAUGAUGCGAAUGAUGGGACAGCGAAGCAUUUUGAGUAUUUGUUUUACGUUGAUUUUGAAGCGUCGAUGGCUGAUGUGAGGGCCCAGAAUGCGUUGGCUGAAGUACAGGAGUUUACAUCGUUUCUUAGGGUGUUGGGAAGUUUUCCAAUGGAUAUGACUCCUUGGUGCCCUUCUCGUGUAGAUUCCAUUUGAUUGGUGGAUCAUCAUUAUCAUCUUGGAGAUCUUUCUCUAUUUGUAAUCUCUGUCUAUUUCAGCCCUUUUUGGAAAAAAACAAUCUAAAUCCUAGUAAGAAAGGAUUGGAUUUGAGAGAAUCUUCUAUUCAUUUAAUUUUCUU